AUGUUUAAUUUAGCUUCGCCGACUGCGAAUGGUUCUCCUGUCGCGUCUCGCGACUCCCCCACCCCCAGCAGCGGACAGGAGUCGCCUUUCGUCGAGCGCAGCAACCCCAUGGGUUCCGGCAAUGCCCAGACUGUCAGCUCUCGCGACCCCAAGGCUGUCGCCCAGGCCGCUACCGAUAUGAAGAACGUUGUCCGCCGCAAGCUCACCGGAUACGUUGGUUUCGCCAACCUGCCCAACCAGUGGCACCGCAAGAGUGUCCGUAAGGGAUUCAACUUCAAUGUCAUGGUUGUCGGUGAAUCCGGCCUCGGAAAGUCGACCCUCGUCAACACUCUGUUCAACACCUCCCUCGCCGACAUCGAGGAGAACGGAGUCCGCCUCCGCCUGAGUGUUAUUGACACUCCGGGCUUCGGUGACUUCGUUAACAACGAUGACUCCUGGCGACCUAUUGUCGAGAACAUCGAGCAGCGCUUCGACACCUACCUCGAGGCCGAGAACAAGGUCAACCGCAGCAACAUUGUCGACAACCGCAUCCACGCCUGCGUUUACUUUAUUCAGCCCACCGGUCACUCUCUGAAGCCUCUGGACAUCGAGGUGAUGCGCCGCCUGCACACCAAGGUCAACCUGAUCCCCGUUAUCGCCAAGGCCGAUACUCUGACCGACGAGGAGAUUGGCAACUUCAAGCAGCGCAUCCUUGCCGAUAUCCAGCACCACUCGAUCCAGAUCUUCGAGGGUCCCCGCUACGAGCUCGACGACGAGGAGACCAUUGCUGAGAACCAGGAGAUCAUGUCCAAGGUUCCCUUCGCCGUUGUCGGUGCCAACUCCGAGGUUACUGCUGCCGACGGCCGCAAGGUCCGUGGCCGUAGCUACCCCUGGGGUACCAUCGAGGUCGACAAUGAGGAGCACUGCGACUUUGUCAAGCUGCGCCAGAUGCUGAUCCGCACCCACAUGGAGGAGCUCAAGGAGCACACCAAUAACUUCCUGUACGAGAACUACCGCUCCGACAAGCUCACCCAGAUGGGUGUCGCCCAGGACCCGAGCGUCUUCAAGGAGGUCAACCCGGCCGUCAAGCAGGAGGAGGAGCGUGCUCUGCACGAGCAGAAGCUGUCCAAGAUGGAGGCCGAAAUGAAGAUGGUCUUCCAGCAAAAGGUAUCCGAGAAGGAAAGCAAGCUCAAACAGAGCGAAGACGAACUGCACGCCCGACACCGCGAGAUGAAGGAACAGCUAGACCGGCAGCGCCAGGAACUAGAGGAAAAGAAAUCCCGCCUCGAAAGCGGACGCCCUAUCGAAGAAAAGGGCAAGCGCAAGGGUUUCUCCCUUCGCUAA